ACACGGCUGUGGGACAGAGACGCGUUAUUAUGGAUCCCGCGGCACUUCCAGGCAAGACCCGCUCCUAGUCGGCCGUUCCACGCGCGUUGCCCCGCGCUACGGAAAGCCCUGAAGGAUGGAGUCAUCGUGUCUAGAGUUGGCUCUCGAAGGUGAAAGACUCUGUAAGACUGGCGACUACAAAGCUGGCGUCUCCUUCUUUGAGUCAGCCAUCCAGGUUGGAACAGAGGACCUCCAAAUUCUUAGCGCCAUCUAUAGCCAGCUGGGGAAUGCCUACUUUCACCUGCAGGAAUACGGAAAAGCCCUUGAGUACCACCGGCAUGACCUCACGCUCACAAGAACCAUUGGAGAUGAACUUGGAGAAGCCAAAGCCAGUGGCAAUCUUGGGAACACGCUGAAGCUUCUGGGGCGGUUUGAUGAAGCAGUGGUUUGUUGCCAAAGACACUUGGACAUCACCCGAGCCAUGUACGAUAAGGUUGGGCAGGCCCGGGCACUUUAUAAUUUUGGGAACGUUUACCACGCAAAGGGCAAGAGCAUCUGCUGGAUUGGCGCCGAGCCAGGAGAGUUCCCUGAGGACGCCAGGAUAGCCCUGAAGAAAGCUACACAGUACUACGAAGCAAACCUGGCCUUGGCGAUGGACCUGGGUGAUCGGGCGGCACAAGGUCGGACCUACGGCAACCUUGGGAACACUUACUAUCUGAUGGGCGACUUCGAAAACGCUGUUGCCGCCCACGAAAAACGUCUCCUGGUCGCCAAAGAGUUUGGGGACAGGUCCGCUGAGAGGAGAGCCCACUGCAACCUGGGCAACGCUCACGUCUUCCUCGGCCAGUUUGAUCUGGCGGCCAGUCAUUACAAGAGGACUCUGCAGAUAGCCAGGCUGUUGAAGGACAGGGCAGUGGAGGCCCAGGCCUGUUACAGUCUUGGGAACACCUACACGCUACUCCAGGACUACGAGAGAGCCAUUGACUAUCACCUCAAACACUUGAUCAUCGCUCAGGAGCUCAAAGAUCGGGUCGGCGAGGGCAGAGCAUUUUGGAGUCUCGGGAAUGCUUACACUGCCUUGGGGAAUCAUGAGCAAGCCAUACAUUUUGCUGAGAAGCAUCUGGAAAUUGCCAGAGAGACAGGAGACAAGAGUGGAGAGGUCACAGCCCGGAUGAACUUGUCGGAUCUGCGCCUUGUAGUCGGCCUCAAGUCUAACCCCAACAUCCAUCUGAACAGUUACAGCAACACCAACACCAACAGAUCUGCUUUGCCAGAAAGUCACCAGGGCUGCCACACCCUUCCAGAAGCCAAGUGCCUGCCAGGGAGAAGAGACGGUGAAGAAAAUUUGGAGCUGUUAAGACCGAGCCCCGACAAAAUGUCAAUUGACCAAAUGCAGACCCAUUCAGACUGGGUCGAAGAUGCGUUAACUAAGUCGUCAAGGAACAACACAAUCAAGGCUUCCACGAAGCUUUUCCUCUUUCACCGCCUUAAAAGCAAGAAGCAGAAGGGCAGCAAGUCCCCCAACAAAGGCCGUGAGGAGAGAAACGAGCGUUCAGCCCCCGAGUCGGACACGCCGCCGUCGGCUAAGCCCAGAUCACGGGACACUCUGGGAGAAGACAGCUUCUUCGACCUCCUGUCUCGCUUUCAGGGCAACAGAAUGGACGACCAAAGGUGCUCCCUAUUUGACGGCCAGUGCCUCCUUCCUACCCCCACCUCUCCCUCCUCCACCCCACCUGUAGUCGAGAGGAAAUCUAUUUCAGAGUGCAAGACAGCGUCCCCGGAUCCUGGUCAUUUCCUGGAGCUGCUGGCCAGCUCCCAGGGCCAUCGGCUGGACGACCAAAGAGUCAGCUUGAGUCGUUUUCCUGGGUUGCGACUCAGCAGCUCCGACCCACCCUACACACCCCCCUCCUCCAGCAAAGGGCCAGCCCAGUCGCAAGCCCCGAGUUCCAACACAAGUUCUCCCCAUACGAUGUCCCUACACAAGCGCCUCGAGGCCAGCGAUGAUCCCACCGACGACGUCUUUUUUGAUAUGCUUGUUAAGUGCCAGGGCUCCAGGUUGGAUGACCAGAGAUGCGCGGCUCCCCCUUCUCCUACUAAGGGAUCCACAGUCCCGGAUGAGGAUUUUGUCAGCCUCAUUCUGCGCUCCCAGGCCAACAGGAUGGAAGAGCAGAGAGUCCUGCUGCCGGCUGGUUGCACUCAGUCCAAACCUGUAUGACCAGGACUGGAAACUAGGGAGGCCACAAGAACCUUUGGGUGCAUGUGAUGCGUUUCUUGGUAUUUGAGACAAGAAACCCACCAUCCAGCAAACUCUGGACAAUGCAAAGCUCUCCAGUGGGCCACUCGUCCGUUUUGCCCCAAGUCGCCCCCUACUGGUUACUUUUAGGGCACCACUAAGGGACGUUUCUUUCCAGCUUUGAUGAAGCUGCUCUGAUCUCAGGAUUCAUACAGGCUUGUGAAUGCUCAUCGGGUUUGAUGAGGCAUACCUCAGUUUCCCGUUAAAAUCUGGCACAAGGUACUUGCAUGAGUCAUACCCCAGAGCACUAUUAGCCACCUAGGUCAUGUGCGCUCGGUCACAUGGCCUGUUCAAACUGUUACUUGCAGUUUGAAGAGUGGCACACCUUGAGUUUUAUUUACCUUACAUGUCCAUGCAGUCAACAAGGGCAAAUGACAGCAAUUCCACCUCUGGAGAAAAUGAUUUUUGCCCUCUCCACAACCACCACCAAAUACAAGACUUAGUUGAACCAGUUUUUAUUUUUUACAUUGAGGACCUUGAAGUGUUCAUUUUCUAUUUUCGCUGGUGGCGUAUUCUCAGUAAUUAUGUAUUAAUUGUGCAAUGAACUAAUUUCAUCUUUAUGAAUUUUGUGUAAAAUAUGAACUCAGAUUUCCUUUUCCCAAAAAAGGUACGGUUUUUUAAAAAGACAGAUUUAACAUGUAAAAAAAAAGUUUGUUCCUCCUGUGCUUGACAUUUCUCCUGACCCUGGAGAAAUAAAACAUUAAACAGCAACUAUCUCCUCUGUACAACUUAUCAUUCAUCAUCUGCACGUUA